AAAGUGCAAAGCUAAGGCAGACAGCGGCCUAACCUUCAGUCUUUACUUGAUUCUUCUCCGCUUCCCUCAGAACUCACACAGGCAAACCCAAAGCAGCAAGCAAGCGCUCACUCCGCUUACCAUGUUGCACCACUCCGCUUCUUCACCAAUGGAGGAGAUUCAUCACCAUCUCCAUGUCUUAACGAUCCUUGUACUCGUCAUCACGGUGUCACCAUCGGCUGCCGCCGCGGGGAUCUGCCGCGACAACUGCGGCAACAUCCCGGUCCACUACCCGCUCGGCAUCAACGACGGGUGCGGCAGCCCGUACUACCGUAACAUGCUCACCUGCGCCGACAACGCCACGCUCCGCCUCCGGACGCCGUCCGGCACGUACCCGGUCGCGGGCGCGGACUACUCCGACCCGCACCUCGUCGUGAGGGACCCGUCCAUGUGGACUUGCGCGCGGCCCUUCACCUCCGUCCAUGCCGCACCCUUCAGCCUGGACACCAGCACCCGCUUCUCGCUGUCCCCAAGGAACGACUACCUCUUCUUCGACUGCGACGAGGCGCGCGUCAUCGUGGCGCCGCGGCCCGCGAGCUGCGACCGGUACCCGGACCGGUGCGACUCGGCGUGCGACAGCGCGGGGUACCUGUGCCGGAACCUGCCGGGUUGCCGCGGCGCGCUGGAGGAGAGCAACAUGACCUGCUGCGCGUACCGGCCCCGCGCGGCGGAGUCGCUGCGGACGAUGCUGCGGCACUGCGAGGCGUACACCAGCGUGUACUGGCGCGCCGUCGGGGACAAGUUCCCGCCCUACGACCAGGUACCGGAGUACGGGGUGCGGGUGGACUUCGAGAUCCCCGUGACGACGCGGUGCCUGCAGUGCCAGGACAAGCGGCGCGGCGACGGGGGCACCUGCGGGUUCGACCCGGCGACCAGGGACUUCGUCUGCAUCUGCGACGACGGCCGCAACUCCAGCACGGACUGUGCAGGUGGUCGCGCCUCGAGGAAUUCAGCAGGAGUCAUUGCUGCAAGUGUUGUCUUCUCAGUCUCUGCGGCCAUUGGCGUUGGGGGCCUCGUGUGGUACAUUCGCAAGAUUAGAUCGAACAAAGUGGUGACCUGUGGGGUUCAGAGUAACGAAAAUAGGUUCUUUUGAGCUGAACGCAGAAAAUACUUCCCUGGCAAGAGUGGGUCAGAAGAACAUCCUUAUCAUAAAAAGAGGGCGAAUAUUUCUCAACAUGCCAGAUUUUGCUAGCCAAUUUCCGUGAUGUGUAUACAAUGCAGCACCAUGCCAACAUGAUAUACUUUUGCA